GGCCUCACUCCCGAGAACCAAACUCCUCCCACGUGAGAACCCUCACGCGAAGCUCUCUCACGCAAAACCCAACUCCCUUCGCUGAAGCUUCUCUGCCGCCAACUUCUCCGCCGAACAUCUCCGCCCAUCCUUUCUCAGCCAAAGCCCUCUUUGGCCAAGCCCUCUCUGUCGAAGCCCUCCACUGAAUUGAAGAAUACAUGCUUCCUCUCUGUCGCUGACGAGCCUCCGCUUCCUUCUAGGAUUUAUUUGUACCUUCAGCCAUUUCUUUAGCUGUUCCAUUGGCUUUGAUGUCCCUCACUAGUGAGGUCAGUGGUACAUCUGAGAAAGGUGCCAAUAUUUUAGCUUCCGAGAAAAUGGCUCCUAGUGGACAGCUUGUUUUUGCUGUUGGCAUAGGAGCGUUACUGUUUGUUCCGGUGUUCAAGGCCAUUACAGGCUUGCCACCUUACAUUGGUAUGCUUCUAGGACAAGGAGUCCUAUGGAUUUUGACCGAUGAGACAAAAAUUGAAAGUACCACAAACCAAAGUACCACAAGCCUUAUCUCGUAUCGAUACACAAGGAGUCCUCUUCUUUUUAGGGAUUCUUUUAUCACUUGGAGUCUGCUGAAGUCCUGAGGAAUUUGGCGAAUUACCUUGACACACAUAUCCCAAAUGUUGAAUUGAUUGCAAGUGCAAUUGGAGUGGCAUAUUGAGGGGCAUCAAGCCGAUCAAACUUUAAUUGUAAAAGCACAGAAGGUGCAUUCGUUUAGGGUUUCUCAAUGAGCCGUGUGGUUGUGACUGCGCAAGACAUUCGUUUAGGGUUCCCGGAGCAAUGGAGGGUGUGAGGGCGGAGGUGGGAAGUUUGGAAUCGUCGCUUCUACAGAUCGUCCAGGAACAUCAACGAAGGUCAAUUUGCAUCAGAGAGAAAACAGAUAAAGCUAAGAAGGAUGCUUUACAAACUGCUAUACGAGUUUCUGAGCUUCUGGUUGAGACUGUUAAUGGACAAGUUGAAGCCACAUUUAUAAAUGAGAAACGGAUUGAACUUGAAAUUCGUGCUUUAGUUAGUACGAUUAUGCGUUAUAAAAAGCAAACAGACCAAUGGCUUGCAGCUUCCCAUGCAUUGAACACUGUUAUAAAGGAAAUUGGUGAUUUUGAGAACUGGAUGAAGAUCAUGGAUUUCGACUGUAAAACCGUAAAUGCAGCUAUCCGAAAUAUCCACCAGAUAUGAGCCAAGUGCCCCUACAACCGUCCUCAAUUAGGGACCAUGCCAACAUUGAGGUUCCAAAACUCUACUAAUGUACAUUUCCUUAGACAAGAUCUUUCAGUUCUAAGCUGUAAACAAUUUGUGUUAUCUCCACUGUUAUUAUUAUUUAACAUUGCAAUUGUUAAUCCCAA